GGGCUCUCAGUGGUGCGGCCGGCAGGCAGUGAUGGCGGCCGUACGCGGCCUGCGAGUGUCGGUGAAGGCGGAGGCCCCAGCGGGGCCGGCCCUGGGGCUCCCGUCUCCUGAGGCGGAGUGCGGUUUGGACCGUGGCGAGCCGGAGCCUAUGGAGGUGGAGGAGGGAGAGCUUGAGAUCGUGCCGGUGCGGCGCUCGCUGAAGGAACUGAUCCCGGACACAAGCAGAAGAUAUGAAAACAAGGCUGGCAGCUUCAUCACUGGAAUUGAUGUCACCUCCAAGGAAGCAAUUGAAAAGAAAGAACAGCGAGCAAAGCGCUUCCAUUUCCGAUCAGAAGUAAAUCUUGCCCAGAGAAAUGUAGCCUUGGAUCGAGACAUGAUGAAGAAAGCAAUCCCCAAAGUGAGACUGGAGACAAUCUACAUCUGUGGAGUAGAUGAGAUGAGUACCCAGGAUAUCUUUUCUUAUUUUAAAGAAUAUCCUCCGGCUCACAUUGAAUGGUUGGAUGACACCUCUUGUAAUGUGGUUUGGCUGGAUGAAAUGACAGCCACACGAGCUCUUAUCAAUAUGAGCUCUCUGCCAGCCCAGGAUAAGAUAAGAAGCAGGGAUGCCAAUGAGGACAAGUCAUCUGAGAAAAGUAAAAAAGACAAGCAGGAAGACAGUUCAGAUGAUGAGGCUGAAGAAGGAGAAGUUGAAGAUGAGAACUCAAGUGAUGUAGAGUUGGACACGUUGUCUCAGGUAGAAGAGGAAUCUCUGUUAAGAAAUGAUCUUCGUCCAGCCAACAAACUUGCUAAAGGAAAUAGGUUAUUCAUGAGAUUUGCUACAAAAGAUGACAAAAAGGAACUUGGAGCAGCCAGAAGAAGUCAGUAUUACAUGAAAUAUGGAAAUCCAAAUUAUGGAGGCAUGAAAGGAAUUCUUAGCAAUUCUUGGAAGCGAAGAUAUCAUUCCCGUCGCAUUCAGCGGGAUGUGAUCAAGAAGAGAGCCCUGAUUGGGGAUGAUGUUGGCCUGACCUCGUAUAAGCACCGACAUUCCGGACUAGUGAAUGUUCCUGAGGAACCCAUUGAGGAGGAGGAAGAGGAGGAGGAGGAGGAGGAGGAGGAAGACCAGGACAUGGAUGCAGACGACAGGGUGGUGGUAGAGUAUCACGAGGAGCUCCCAGCUCUCAAGCAGUCCCGGGAGCGGAGCACUUCGAGGCGGUCCAGUGCCAGCAGCUCAGACUCGGAUGAGAUGGACUAUGAUCUAGAACUGAAGAUGAUUUCCACCCCUUCACCAAAAAAAAGCAUGAAAAUGACUAUGUAUGCUGAUGAAGUGGAAUCUCAGUUGAAAAAUAUUAGGAACUCCAUGAGGGCAGAUAGUAUAUCCACAAGCAAUAUCAAAAACCGAAUUGGUAACAAAUUACCACCUGAGAAAUUUGCAGAUGUCCGACAUUUGUUAGAUGAAAAACGUCAGCACUCACGUCCACGGCCACCCGUCAGCAGUAGUAAAUCAGAUAUACGCCAACGAUUAGGAAAAAGACCAUAUUCUCCAGAAAAGGCUUUUAGUAGUAAUCCAGUCAUUCGGAGAGAGCCCUCUUCUGAUGUACAUAGUAGGCUAGGAGUUCCCAGGCAAGAUAUUAAAGGCCUCUACUCUGAUACUCGGGAGAAGAAAUCAGGUAGUUUAUGGAAUCGCUUAGGAUCUGCACCCAAGACCAAAGAAAAGAGUAUGAAGAAAGUGGAUCACAGGGCACCCGGCACUGAGGAAGAUGACUCUGAGCUGCAAAGGGCGUGGGGGGCUCUGAUUAAGGAGAAAGAACAGUCUCGCCAAAAGAAGAGCCGCUGUUACCAGCACCCUUUUCCCAAGAAAAGUCAAUUCCCAGGUGCUUAUUGGACAGCCUUCGAGGGGGAAGAUGAGGGAAGCUGCCGGCUCACCCUGCCAGGACCGUAGUGUGGGGGCCGACUCUCACGGACCUGACCCCUGAGGUGCACCAGUGCCGCCCAGGUAGACGAGAUGCAGCAUUGAUCACACUUCUGUUCCUCCCUCGGGGAUUUCUGUUAGGGGCCUCUUACUAUUAGCUAUCAGCUUGAUGUGAAGAUCAAGUUCAGUGCUGAGGGAUUUUUAGGAACAAAAAACUGUGACUUCUGGAUUUGGGGUUGAUUUUUGUGCUAGGGGUAGGGUCAUGGGUUAAUUUUGAACAAUUUUUAAGUCUGUAUUAUGUUUAAAAAAUAUUAAUGAUUUAAAAGUUUAAAUUUUUAAUUUUUAUAUGUGGAAAUUCUUCCUGUUGGCUACAGGGGAAGCUCAAGUGGUGUCUUCUUUUGUGCUGUUAAAUAUAUAUUAUAUACUUUGGAAGAAGGCAGAGAGAAGAGUCUCAUUAUUUUUAAAUGAUCCUAGUUGUAUAGUCUCUUUGCUGUACAUAGUGUUCAACUUGCUUUUUGGCCACCAUAGGAAAAAAAAAUCCAUCCAUCUGAGAUGGAGUCUUGUUGCUUAUUAUCACUUUAGAAGUGAUACAUUGAUAUUUAUUCUGUCUCCAAGUUGUAGCACCUGAACACUUCUUCAAAACUGACAAGUACAAUAAUAGUUACAGAAAUUUUAAUUUGUUUAUUUUAAAACCCCUUUCAGAUUAUUUUACAGUGAAAAGGAGGUAGAUUAUUUUGUCUUCCUGUUUGAUCUUUGUUUUGAAGUAUUUAAUUUUGUAUUCCUCUAGGGGCUUAAAAAUAGUGUUUCACUUCAGUUCACUAGAACUUAGGAGUUAGAGGUGGUAAUAAGCCUUUGUCCCUUUUGUGACAUCACAGCUCUUCACCUGCCUUGGAGUGUUCUGCAUCUGGUGCAACCCUGGAUCCUUUACUUGUGGCUGAGCUAGUGGUCACAUUGAUGGUUGAUUACACUGGUGUGAGUGAGUACAGAACACUGUUGUUAAUAAAGAAAGUAAAGGGCUGUGAGACUUGAGGGCUGCAACAAAAACUGUAUUGUACCAUAUUUUUGGUUAAGUUGCUGUUUUUCCCUCCCUUUAGAAUGAUUAGAGCAUAUAACCAUGAUAUGUUUCAGCUUCCUAAUAGGAUUUUAGGAAGCAGGUGGUUCUGGUUUCUCUGCCAGUUGAGACCUAAGGUUUCUCAGGUUUCUCAGCUCUUGUUGCCCUGUGAAGCACAUAGCUGAGAGCCAGGCUCUUAGGAGGAGGAGUCAGGGUUUAGAGUGAGAUGUGCCGUUGCUGGAGAGUAAGAGAACUGGUUGCCCACCCCUGGCUCUGCUGUGUGGAUCUGGGCCUCAGUUUCUCCAUCUAGCAAAUGAAUGGGCUUAUACCAGAACUUCUGGCUUUGUGGGUGUGUCUCAGUGGCGUUUUACUCUUCCCAAAGCUGUGGCUAUAGUGGGCUGUCCAGCAUUAGUUUCUGUUGCAGGCGGGGGAAGGUCAAGGAGACAAGUGAGUGCACACAUGAGGUUGUAGACAGGGAUUUAUCCCCAUUCCAUUGCAGUUUGUGGUUCUACUGAUGGGACAGAGGUAUCCUUGUGGUCAGGGUCCCCACAAGCAUGGUCUCUGCAGGGUUUAGAAAAUGCCCCUUCAUAGACUUUUCUUUUUUUUUUCUAGUCAUGACCCUUUCUCACUAGUAGUUCAGGCCCAUUUGUCCAGGGGACGGGGGGUGGUGUGCAUUCAUAAUGGGGUCUUUGAUCUAAUCAAGGAAAACACCCACCUCAGCAGCCUCACAGUUCUUACGAACACAAAGAGACCGUAGAAAUGUAGCUUUAAAAAUGUAAGUUUAUUUCUCAGAGUUAUUGGCCUUAUUAGCCUCUCUCACUCUUCAGCCCCACACUCAGGCACUCAGAUCUCGCAACAUCUUGAGCGUGCCCUGAGUGGCCAGGUCUUGUCUUUGGAGUUUAGAAGUGAGGAUGGACAGUCAGGACAGUCUCCUGGCAGGCAGCUCAGCAUGCUUUUAUCCUGGGGACUCCCCAUACAAGUGAGCAGCAGGACUGCACACUUCUUUGUAUUCCUUUUAGUCCUUACAUGUAGGAGAUUUUAAAUACAUUUUUGCUGCUUGAUAAUGAUUGCAGAUACCUCAUUUCUGUCUCCCACUGUCCCUCUUGGGAGAAGUAUCAGGUACCCAGGAGGAUUGUGGAGUCCACCACUAGUUUUGAACUCUCCUUCCCUGGCCCCUCUCCAGUCCGAUGCCCUGAAUCCCUCCCCCUAGUUCAACCACUGUCCUAUUCUCCAUUUGUAUAGCAGCCUCUUCACUGUUUUCUGCCCUUUCUCUCCCUCUCCAUUCUGCACACUACUGUGGCGUGAACUUUUGUUGUUGUUAACAGCUUAAUUGAGAAAUAAUUUACAUAGCAUAUAAUUCACCCAUUUAAAGUGGCUUUUACAGAGUUGUACAACUAUCAGCAUAAUCAAUUUGAGAACAUUUUUAUCACCAAAAAGAAACCCUGUACCCAUUACCAGUCACGCUCCAUUCCCUUCUCCCCCUAGUCGCUGGCAACUACGAGUCUACUUUCUGUCCCUAUGGAUUUGCCUAUUCCGGACAUUUCAUAUAAAUGGAAUCAUGUACUAUGUGUCUGUUCGUGAUUGGCUUCCUUCACCUUUCACUUUAUACUUUAUAUAUUUUUGAGGUUUAUCCAUGUUGUGGCAUGUAUUUGUAUUUCAUUUUUUUAAUUGCUGAGUGAUAUUUUAUUGUAUGGAUAUACCACAUUUUAUUUAUCCAUUCAUCAGUUAAUGGACAUUUGGAUUGUUUCCACUCUUUGGCUACUAUGAAUAAUGUUUCUGUGAACAUUCAUGUACAAGCUUUUGUGUGGGUAUGUUUUCAUUACUCCUGGGUUUGUACCUAGGAACGGAAUUGCUGAGUCAUGUAGUAAUUCUAUCUUUAACCUUUUGAGGAUCUGCCAGGCUGUUUUCCCAACAGCCAUAUCAUUUUCCAUUUUCACCAGUCAUGUAUGAGGGUUCCAAUUUCUCUGCAUCUUCACCAACACUUAUUACGUGUUAUUUCCGGUGUGAAGCAGUAUCUCAUUGUGGUUUUGAUUUGCAUUUCCUUAAUGACUAAUGU